CCAACCAGCCCCCUUCGUCUUUACUAAACCCUAGAUAUAAAUUUGAUCAUCCUUCCUUCCUCGCCAUCGUCUCUUGCUACCCAACCUUUCCCUCGGACUGCAGGCGGAAAAGCGCUCCACAGCUACCUUAGCCUACUCACUUUCGUUUCUCCUCGCAGCCAUGUCUAAGCGUAAGGUUAGAGAGGUGAAGGAGGAGCCUGCUAGCCUCGGACCUGCAGUGCAGCCUGGAGAGGUUGUUUUUGGCACUGCUCACAUUUUCGCAUCAUUCAAUGACACCUUCAUUCACGUGACUGAUCUCUCUGGAAGAGAAACUUUGGUUCGCAUUACUGGUGGUAUGAAGGUGAAAGCAGAUAGGGAUGAGUCAUCUCCCUAUGCUGCUAUGCUUGCAGCACAGGAUGUUGCUCAACGAUGCAAGGAGCUUGGCAUCAAUGCUCUUCAUAUAAAGCUCAGAGCUACAGGAGGAAACAAGACCAAGACUCCUGGCCCUGGUGCUCAGUCAGCACUUCGGGCUCUUGCACGUUCUGGCAUGAAAAUUGGUCGUAUCGAGGAUGUGACUCCGAUCCCCACCGAUAGCACUCGCAGAAAGGGAGGCAGGAGGGGUAGGAGGCUGUGAAUCGUCACUUGCUCUUUUCAUCUUUAUGUGGUUGUCCCUUUUGUGUGCUAGUGUUUUGUUGUUGGAUCUUUCUUUGCGGUUCAAAAUGUUUAGUUGCAGACAUUUUAUUAUCCAAUUUUGUUGUUAGAAGUGUCCUUGUUCUCGACUUUCACAGAACAAUCUUGUUAUCCGUGCUUAAGCAGAUUAGCUUAUAGUGGGUUUACAACCAGAUUGAUGCUCUAGUUGACUUGUUGCAUAUUAGUUUUGGUUUUACUUAACACGUGGAGUUGGUGCGCGGCUUGUUCAAUGGUGAAUGAUCCAUGAUUCUGUAAAGUUAACACGUGGAUUUAGUACCGAGUUUUUUUUGUUGUUGGUUGCGUUCAUUAUGUCUGCAGCGAUACGGUUAAUUUACUGUUGCGCAUUGUAGCUUGAGUUCAUCAAUUCACGGUGCGUUUUUUUUUUUUUUUUUUUGUCAAAUUUCCAGGAGUUUCCUCAUUCGUUGGUUUACUAAGUACACUUUUUUUUUUUUACCAAAUUGCUUGUAAUGGCAACCGUUCUACACUAAAAUUGUUGGAGAGAAAUGCGUUGAAUUGAAUCGCUUCUGUUUAAAGCCAUCAAACUGUAAGUAGCUUAUAUUGAAAGCGAUUUACAUUUAAUCGCAUUCGAAGAAAGCUAUCCUACAAAUCGCUUAAGAAGCAAGAGAGAUCAACUAUAAAAAUGCUUUUUCCUUGGCAAUCAUGCUAAAUUGCUUUACUUGACUGCGAUCAUUAUUCGGCACGAGGAUAGGAUUAAGUGCAACAGCCUAGGUAUCAUGUUGAUCGCUUUGUCCUAAAAAGAUCAAGGUCCAAUCUGAUUCUAAUUUGAAAAUACCGCCCUCCCAUUCUAUUUCACUCUCAUUUUCCCUCUUCUCCACCUCAUAAUAGAAACUUCCCACUUCUCCACAACAUUUGCGGAAAAUACCACUGCCACACCAGAACUCCAUUCCAUCAUUUUAACUAUAAAAUAUGUAUGAAUUUAAUUAGCAUGGUCAUGCUUAAGUAGUUAUGUGUUUGUGCUUCACUAAUUACGCUUAAUAUGAAUUAUGCUAUAUAUUCAUAUUUAUAUUGAAUGUAUGAUGGAUUAUGGUUUUGGAUGUUGUAUGUGAUCAUAAGUUAUUUUAAAUUGUAGACAUGGGUAGAUUUCGAAAGUUCAAACUUCUUAUUCGGUGGAAUGGUCGGGUGACAAACUCCCACAAAGGGAUCGGUUAUGAAAAUGGUGAAUCUAGUAUGUUGAAAAUUGAGACUAGACUCAUGUGACAAGGACUCUAUGACAUUUGUGCAGACCAGAUUUGUAUGGGGGACAAACAAGAGUUUGUAAAAUUACUUAUUGAUAACCAAACAUCGGUGGAGGCGGUGUCACAUACGAAGGAGUCGUCAUCCUGACAAUGAUGGGGUUAACAUGACGUUGUACUUCCUAGCUGAAAACAAGAUCGGGCUUGCAGAGGUGUAUGUUCAUACUGAGGAUGUUGGUCAUAGUGGAGCCAGUUUCGAAAAUGAUGGCGUGAAACGUCUUAUCACCACCAUUCUUAUGGUGUUGCAGGAGGGUACGAAUGGGGUUGUUAUUCAAACAACUAUAAAGGAGGUAGUUAUGCAAGCGGCUAUGUGGGAGAUGAGGUACCAUGGGAAGAUGCUCCUCAUCACGUUAAUAAUGUUGACAGAUGGCUGGCUAACUUGGGGUCAAGAAUGGAGCGACAUUGAAAAUACCAUUCGCGCAUCCAAGCGAUCUCCAAAGAAUCGAGAUGGUGAUGUUGGCGAUAAUGGUCACGAGAAUCCCACUAACGAGAUGCCGAGUUAUCCAUUCGAAAGCGAUGAAGAUAGUGAAGAAAAUUUGGGAUCUGUGAGUGAGGAAGAGAACACAGACAAUAAGUUGGGGUCUGGGAGCCACCUACUCCAUACUACACAUAUAUCCUUACUCAUCCAUUAUAUGCUCAUAAAGAAGAUCCUAACUUUUUCCCUAUGCCAGUGUGGAAUCCGACGACCGAAUUAGAGGUGGGAAUGACAUUUUCCACCAAGGAUGUUAUUCGUGAUGCUUUUAGAGAAGAAGCCAUGCGACAAAUUUUUGAAUGAAAGGUCAAAUAUUCU